AAGGCAACUGCUAUUGCUAUUUAUUCCUUACAAUUAAAUAAAAAAAAUCUGUAGACACAGUACUGAAAUUAGUAAGCGAUAAAUCAAAACUAUGAAGUGUGAAGCUGUUGCGUUCAUCUUAGUUGUAGCGAUUUUAGCGUCUGCGGUCACCGGCGACGAUGACCUUAUCCCUCCGCGGCGAGAAGUUUACGACAAUGGACGAAUAUUCGAUAUCACUCACAGGUAUCAACCAGAUAUGCCAGAAUUUGAGUCUAAGCAUGGUAUAGGCCAGUUCUUAUGGCUUCCAAAGAGCAUGAAAAACAAUUCCAUCGCUAACAAUUCCGAAAUGAAACUUCCAACUCAUACCGGUACUCAUGUUGAUGCCCCUGGCCACGUCUACGAUCAUUACUUCGAUGCUGGUUUUGAUGUCGAUUCCCUCGAUUUGCACAUCCUUAAUGGUCCUGCUCUUUUAGUUGAUGUUCCAAGAGAUUCUAAUAUUACCGCUGAAGUAAUGAAGUCAUUAAACAUUCCAAGGGGUGUAAAGCGUGUACUGUUCCGAACAUUGAAUACCGACAGGCGGCUUAUGUUUCAGAAGGAAUUUGACUCAAACUAUGUGGGAUUCACAGUGGACGGAGCAAAAUGGCUAGUGGAGAACACUGAUAUCAAACUUGUUGGUAUUGAUUACCUAUCUGUUGCUUCUUACGAUUACUUGAUUCCAUCUCACCUUGUGUUUUUAAAAGACAGGGAAAUCAUUCUUGUUGAAAGCCUGAAGCUUGAUGAUGUCCCAGCAGGAUUAUAUUCAGUCCAUUGCUUACCUCUUAGGUUGGCUGGUGCUGAGGGAUCACCAAUACGAUGCAUUCUUAUCAAGUAUUAGGGAAGCAGUGUUGUAUCAAAUGCCAUGGGAGCUGUCGAUUAUCAAUGGUGUAUGUAUGUUUUAGAGCAAGUGGUAGAGAGAUGCAGCUAUCUAAUAGCAUUAUGUUGAAUAUAGUUUUAAUCUGUCUGUUAGGUUGAACCAAAUAAAUUGCCGUAGUGGUGUCCUUAUGGAGCUACAUAGUAACAAUACUUCACUUCAACUUUAGUGGGCAUAUGUUUACGUUCCACUUAAAUUCUGUCUGUUCCUCGAAUUUUUCAAAACUCCAUCGUGAACAACAAUGCAAACAGAUACUAAGCAUA